AUGUGGAAGAUGAAACAAGUAGAAAGUGUAAUUAUCCAUUAUGAACCGUCUCUCUUGAUGACACUCGAGCACCAACACAUUCAGCACAAGGGAGUGGGGUUUCAGUUGUGUGCAGAAGAUAUCAUUGACCUUACCCUAGGCAAUGCUAAGAAGAACGGUCUGUUGCAAAAGGAACCUACAAGUCAAAAGGGCACAGAGAAGCAAAGAAAUACUCAGAUCCUAUUGACAGUCAUCAAGGCCAGGAGCUUGGUAUCUGGGUCUCAGCACUCGGGUCUUGAUAUUUGGACCUCAGUAGUUAAAUGCCGGGAGUCGGGAAUCGGUAAUGGAGAUCCGGAACUCGGAGUUCGAUAUUUGGCAGUAAACAUUCGGUACUCGACACUCGGUACCCGAUGUUUCGGAACUCGGUAA